AUGCAGGAAGAUUCAAACCUUGCUUACUGCACCAGCACAUUCCGCCCCGCCGCCCUCCUUCAGAAUGCGGUCGCCAGGAAUCGAACCCGCGACCUGGAUAAUGCUCAGCAGCAGAGCGCCGUAGCCACUGAGUCCCCACAGCGGACUGGCAGUGGCGUGCGCUCUUUCCUGUGGUCGACGCGGAGCGAGCCGCCGUCGUACUUCUUCGGCACCAUCCACGUGCCGUACACCCGAGUCUGGGAGCACGUGCCGGAGAACGCGAAACAGGCGUUCGGCAACGCAGACCGCGUCGUCUUCGAGCUCGACCUGCUCGACCCUGGCACGCUGGGGGCGCUGGCAAACUGCCAGCUGCUGCCCGAGGGCCGCUCCCUGGCCGACGUCCUGCCGGCCGACCUGCUCACGAGACUGCGAAGGCACCUGGAGUACGUGCGCGCCAAGAUGUCGUCGUGGAUGACGGCCGACCAGCGCGGGCGCGGCCUGUACGCCGACUACCUGUUCCACGCCAUCACGGGUGACUGGGAGCGCAAGCGGCCCAUCUGGGUGCUGCUCAUGGUCGACUCGCUGACCGAAGGCGACGUGCGCGCCCGCGGCGUGCCCGUGCUCGACCUCUUCCUCGCGCAGGAGGCACAGCGCCUGGCCAAGCGCACCGGCGCCGUCGAGCAGGUGCACGAGCAGUGCCUGCCCCUCAACGGACUCAACGGCAGCCAGGUUCUGUUCGCGCUGGACCAGACUCUGCGGCAACACGAGCGCAUCCGGCGUGGAGCGCAGCGCUCAGGCUACGGCGCCGACGACCUCAUCCGGCACUACAACUGCGGAGACCUGGACGCCGUGGUCUUCUCCCGGGACACUGCGCAGGUGCCCCCGCUGGCCAACACGUCCCUGCGGCUGUCGGCGCGCGAGCUUCGGCUGGCCAGGGACAUCGACCGUUACUUCCGGCACGAGCUCAUCUACAAGCGCAACCACCGCAUGGGCGACCGCGUGCUGCGGCUGCUCAAAGGAAAUCCGGGACAGAGCUUCUUCUUCGCCUUCGGCGCAGGUCACUUCCUUGGCAACAACACGGUGCUGGACUUCGUGCGCCAGGGUGGAUUCGACAUCGAGCACAUCGUGGCUACCAGGAGCAUACCGGAGGUGAAGAAAGACGGCGAGCAGGAGAGCUCGUGGCCGGACCCUGCGGAGGUGCUUGGCGACCAGCAGCAGUCUGCGCCCGACCAACCACCGGGCUGGCGACGCAGGAAGGCCAAGAAGAGGCCCUUCCUUUCAUCGCCGCCCACCACCACCAGGCCGCGGAAGUUCAACGACCUCUGGGUGCGCCUGGACUCCACUUGGCGUCCCCGGUCGCUGCCGGCCGAGGCCCUAGGUGCGCGCGCCUCCGCACCGGCGGUGUCGCUCAAGCUGUGGCGCGGACACCGGGGGGCCGCCGCCGCCAGCACGGGCCAGACGACGAUCCUGGUCGCCCUCGCCUCCUGUUUGGCCGCGAACGUCGGUAGGGGUUCCUUCCCGCCCUGAGCCGACAGCCGAAGCCUGCAUGCGGUUCCGCGCCGACCUUUAAAGGGGCAGCAACGGCGUCGAGGAUCCCGUGUCUGCCAAGUUAGACCUCCGUUCGUAUGGUGCCGAUGAUGUGACAGCGUGUACUGACCGACAGUGGGAAACAGUUUUCUGUUUCCAAUGUGCUGUCAGCAUGAGCGUGUACUCAGAUUGCGGUGGUGUGCUUAAUGACCAGGCGAACAAGAUCCCUCCAGUGUGUCUACUGUGCUGUGAUGGUUGCAGACCAAAGUGACGGUGUGCUGACUGACAAGCAGCAACGCGCAAUCAAGAGUUCAGCCAUCUUCGUCUGUUAAAGCCCGAUUUCUCGCAGGCGCUAAGCGUUCCCCAAAGUGACGGGAUCACCUUCUCAAGAGCCAGGAGGCGUAAACGGCUACCGAUCAUGGAGCGAGUCGCACGGCUAUAUAUUUUCCGGCCACACCGAAGAUGAAGUUGUAAUGCGCUGUUCUCGACAGCGCAUACGAACUGGGCGGCGUUAGUACCACGAGGUCAGUCGCUAUGAACUGGCGUCUUCAAUCACUGGCCGGCCAACGGGGGCGCCUAGCACGUCAUUCUAAGCACUCGGGAGAAGAGGCAUCGGGAAGUGGCCGCUAGAGUGAUUACAUCCAACACUGCCGCAGAAAACUACGGGUUCACUGAGAUGAGUAGACAGCGUAUACUUACCUCGCAGGGAGAGCAGUGGCAUCCAUGUAGGUACACGUGAAUGAAGUUCCGCCUACCUCCGCGCACUUCGGUACGUUCGCGCUCGCACCGUCGUUACACCUUCCGACAGAAAAACUAGCGUUCGCAAAAGAAUCUAGCCGAUAACGCUUGAUCCUUUCACUCCACGCGCAGGCAACGGAAGAACCAUACGCGCAGGAAGCUCUUUCGAUAACCCUUGUCUGUUUUGUUCUUCAAAUUCAAGAAACUUUUGUGUCAAGCAUAAAAGAAUUUAAACAACGUGAAGAAAAGCUGAGCUCUUUCUGAGCUGCCUAUAAUCUGGAGCUAUUCACAGCAAUACCGAGCUACAAAGCUGGAUGCCGGGACUUCAUGCAGCAGGUUACCUGCUGCAUGACCGGUAAAUCUUUCUCAUGACAGAUUUUCUUUCCUUCAAGUCGACCGCACAGGAGAAGAGUGUUUCAUUAUCAUUAAAUCUCAAAUUUGUGUGCAUUCCAUUACAAA